AUGACUAGCUCAAGUAAUAUAAAUACUAAUUUAGAUAACAAUUUGUUUUUAAAAAGUGCUAUUAUAUGUGAUAAUCAAAAUUCCUCUAUGACUCUCUAUAAUAAAUUAGACGAUACAAAGCAUAAAGUUAAAUAUUCAAAUGAGAAAACGAGGGUAAUUAAUCCAGAAUAUCUGGAAUGGGAUGGUUCAGAUGAUUUAGAUAAUCCACAUAAUUGGUCAGUUUGGAAAAAAUGGUACGUCACGUUAACUGCGGCUGCCCUUGGGUUUAUAUGCACAAUGGGGUCUUCAUUAUAUGUUUCUGAUAUUUCAUCUAUGAAAGAAGAAUUUGGGUAUGGGGAAGAAAUUUCUUUAAGUGGAUUAACUUUUUAUUUGAUUGGUCUUUCUACAGUAAUUUGUGCUCCAUUGAGUAAAAUAUUUGGUAGAAAGCUUGUUUAUUUAGUGUCGUUGCCAUUAUGUAUGCGAUGUACUAUGGGUAUUGUCUUGUCCCAUGGUCAUAUGAAAAUUAUCUUACCUCUAAGAUAUUUAGGUGGUAUGUUUGCUUCUCCACCCUUAUCUGUAGGCUCGGGAACUAUUAUCGAUAUUUUUGAUAAUGAUGAAACAUCUAUUGCAAUGACUUUUUUUUGCAAUGGUUCCAUUCUUGGGUCCUGUCAUUAG